AUGUCAGACGAUGAAGGAUCAGCUUCUCCCACAUCAAACUCCGAGUUAGAUGUGAAUGCCAGAAUGAUGAAGAUUAAGCUUUUGGAUGAUCCCAACAAUUUGAGUAUUAUAUCCGAGUUGAUGGAGCUCUACAGAAGUAAUGGUGAGCUGUCACGUCUCACCGAACUUCGAGAAUCUACUUCCGAACGAUUAUCACUAAGUUCUACAAUGUGGAAUGAGUGGAUCAAAGAUGCCGCCCAAACGGAUACUUCCAGAGAAGAGAUGAUAAAACUGUAUGAAAGAGCUCUGAAUGAUCAAAAAGAUGUGUACAUAUUCAUGGAUUAUAUAUCUUGGUCUCUAGAUAACAGUUCAUCUGAGGAAACGCGUUCGAUUUUCGAAAAAGCUGUUCAAACCUUGGGAUUGCGAUUCGAUGACGGCGGCCUUCUAUGGGAAUCAUAUAUUGACUUUUUACUCCCAAAAGUGCAAGAAAACGGAGGCGAAGAUGCAUUGUUAGAUGUUUAUAAGAGAGCCCUCCGAAUCCCGACUAAAUCGCUUGAGGAUAUCUACAACCAAUGUUUGAACCUGAUCGGCGACAGUUUUAAAAAUGAAGUUUCAAUGAUUUAUGAGAAUACGGUUAAAGAAUUACCUGCAUACGUUAAGUUUGAGAAACAGUUGGAGGAAUCCAGUAAUGAUAUUCAAGUCUUUUGCGAAUAUCUCGAUUUUGAAUUGGAGAAGGGUGACCUCUCUCGUGUUCAAUGUCUAUAUGAACGUAUCAUUUCACAUCAUAAUCAGGAUGAGACAGUUUGGUUAAACUAUGGAAAUUGGGCCUCGACUACAAUUAAAAUCCCUACAAUAGUUGCCGAAAUAUACGAGCGUUCGGUACGCAGUUGUUUUUACAGUUGUGCUCUAUGGCAACAACUCUUAUUAGCUCUUGAGAGAGCCAAUUAUGACUACAAUAAAAUUGAUAGUUACUGGGCUCAGUCCAAAGACUCGAUCAAUAAUGCUGAUGAAGGAAGAGCUCUUUAUAGGACAUAUAUUUAUCUCCUACGUCGAAGAGCUGCUGCCACGGACAAUGAUUAUACCAAAAUGCAAGAAGUAUUCGAAGAAGGAAAAGCGGUUUUAAUCGAUUAUUUUGACCAUGAUUGGGAUCCCAAGAUGGAAUACAGAAAGAAUUUGAGUCAUUUUUAUCAAUCGGUUCUGAAGGAUCAUAACAAAGUGCGCGAAGUGUGGAAAGAUAUAUUAGCUUCUGGAGGCGGCCGAUUUGCUGAGAAAUGGUUGGAAGGUAUAGUAAUCGAGCGUCAAUUGGGCAAUGUAGAAGGAGCUAGAAAGAUGUUCUAUAAGGCGUUGAACUCUGUGAGCGAUCACCCUAAUCUUGUAUAUGAAGCUUUCAUCCAAUUUGAGAGAGAGGAAGGGUCUCUCAGUGAUCUUGAUUUGGCUCUUGAAAAGGUAAACAACCAAGUUCGUCAUCGCAGCAACAGACCACAGAAAAAAGAAGAAAAAGGCAAGAAAGACGAGAAGAGCAGAGGUGAUAAGGAUAGAAGAACAAAUGACAGGAAACGACCAUCCAGUAACAAUGAGGAUAGUAGCCCUCAUAAGAGAUCAGCACCAGAAGCCCGUGCAUCUCCUGCCGUGAACAAGGAUAAAGAUGGUUUUGCUAUGCCAACUUUGCCGAUGAGUCGACCUCAAAAACCCAAUGCUAACGAUAGCCAAGCAAAUGGAAAAGCUCUUGGCUCCCAAGAGGUUAUUCCCGCUUCAGCUGAUGGCAAGUUCACAGUUUUCAUUUCCAAUCUGGACUUCAAAGUAACACCCGACGAGAUACGCAGUGUGUUGGAAGGAGUGAUAGAUGUGCGUCUACUCUAUCGUGGUGCGAGCAAACUGCACAAGGGUUACGGUUAUGUGGAUUUUGAUACCGAGCAAAAUCUACGAUUAGCUCUAACUCAAGAUAGAACUCCUAUUAAUGGGCGGCCAAUGCUGAUAUCUGUUAAUGAUCCAGAGAAGAGACAAUCUUUCAAAUAUGGCACAGGACUCGAGAAAAAUAAAGUUUUUGUACGCAAUAUACAUUACGAUUGCACGGAAGAUCAACUGAGAGAGAUAUUCAACGAUUUCGGUGUGGUCAAAGAUAUUAGGAUUGUUACACACAAAUCUGGAAAGUCUAAAGGUUGUGCUUAUGUCGAUUUCGAGACAGAAGAAGCUGCUACCAAGGCUAUUGAUGGUGAAGUCAUCUUACUGGAAAGGAAACUGUCCAUAGCUUUAUCGAAUCCUCCAAAAAAAUCUGAUCCAAAAAGUUCACUUCUUCCUGAGAUCACUGCGGAAGGUAGAAAAGCUACUCUUCAAAUUGUACCUCGAUCGUUAACAACACGAGGAAAAGCUCCUACUCCUUCCAAAAAACUGGGUUCAAAUCUAAGCAACGAUCACUUCAGAAGCCUGUUUAAGUAA